GCAGACAAGCACCGGCCCGUCAGGAGCGCGAGGGAGUGCGCUUUGGGAAAGUGGGCGCGAACCUGCGGGAGGCGUUCGCUCGCGCCGCGGAUCGGGAACAAGGAACUUCGACGCUCAGCUGCCCUGCAAGACCAAUGAACGUGAAAUACAUUAGGUUUCUUUCGCCGUAGCCAACGAAACACCUGGAGUACUCAGUGAGCUGAUUUCAAAUCAACCCAACACACCUCACCAUGCUCCUCUACUCCUGCUUUUGACCUUUGACCUCUGACAGCGAUGGCAGACCGUACGGUGGCUCCGGGUCAGAUAUACAUAGAGGUGGAGCACGACUAUGAUUACAGAUCCAAAGAGCGUGUGAUCUACAUUAAACAGGGAGAAAGUUACCUGCUUGUGAAGAAGACUAAUGAAGACUGGUGGCAGGUGCGUAAGGAUGAGGCCAGUAAGGCCUUCUAUGUCCCAGCACAGUAUGUGCGGGAGGUGCGACGGGCUCUCAUGCCUCCUCCUAAACCACUCAGUGGAGCAGGCCGAGGGGGGACCGGGCCCAUUCGACCAUCUGGCUUGGAGAUCCAGCGACCAGAUGAGAACAAAAAGAGCCUGUGUCCUUCUCCCUCUGGUAAUGCUUUACUGCCGCCCAAUGAUGACAGAGGCAGCCCAGGUAGCCCGACAGCAGCACAAAUGAACACUUUACCUGGCUCACUUCCUCGUUCCAGAGCCAAGUCCCCAAGUCGCAAUGUAGAUUGGGAGAAAGAUAAAGAUUUGGAGAAGAGCAGUCAAGGACCGGAAAAAGGUGCAAUUCAUGAAGAGUUUGCCGGAGAGGGAGUCAGCUCGGAUAAAAACCGAAAUGAUUCAGAAUCCGGGGAUGAUCUCAGCAGUGGUUCAACUGAUAACCUACAGACUUUAAGUUCAGGGCAGGGCAAGCCUGACUCUCCUGUCUACGCAAACCUGCAGGAGCUGAAGAUCUCUCAGUCCUCCAUCCCUCCACUGCCAUCCUCCUCUCCGCUCCACACCAAUGGCGACUGGGAGACUCACAAAGACCAGAAUGGCAGACAAUUCUACUACAACCGCAGCACGCAGGAGAGGACCUGGAAACCACCACGGGCACGGGACAGCCUCACCAGGAAAGAGGCAAAACAAGACAUGAAUGACAUGGAGUUUCUGUCUUCAGAUGGAAACUGUCUGAGCAGCCAGUAUGUGUCGCCCCCUAGAGGCUGGUCUGAGGAAAUGGAUGAGCAUGGACUCAUUCUCUAUGUGUCUGACUAUACUAAUGAGAAGUCUAACCACUUACCUCUACUACCAGGAGAUGCUCACAAAACAUGUAGUCUUGACCGGAGACUGCCUGAUUUCAUUCCUUUGAGGCCGAGACACAGCGUAUAUUUACAUGAGUCCAAUGACAAGUUUAAACAGAAAUCCAUCAAGGACCGGCGAGCCUUACCCCCGCAUCGCAAAAGCACCUUCCGUUUUUAUCCUUAUAGGCCACAAGACACCAAAACAAGCUCACCUGACUCUGACUCCUCCUGUCCCUCCUCUCCCAAACACCCAAACUCUUCAUCAGAGAAAUGUGGCAAUUUAAACAUGACUAAAAUCACUGAACACGGAAAAAAGGUCCGGAAGAACUGGAUCUCCUAUUGGACAGUUUUGCAGGGUUCUUCACUACUAUUUAAUAAGGGUCAAGGGGGCGGGACUGGUUGGUUUGGAAGAGAGCAGAAACUGGAGUUCAGUGUGGAUCUCAAAGGAGGUUCAGUGGACACUGCAUCUAAAGACAAAUCGAGCAAGAAACAUGUUCUAGAGCUGAAGACCAGGCAGGGCAUGGAGCUCCUCUUGCAGUCAGAUAACGACGGUCUCAUCAGUGAGUGGCACAAGGCUUUGACUGAAGCCAUACAAACAUAUGCAUGGGAGUCUGAUGAGGCCAUUGAAGAAGACAUGCCAGAAUCUCCUGACACUGAGAAACAUGACAAAGAAAAGGAGCAAAGAAACUCCAAGAAGGGCAGAGAUAUUAAGAAAUGCGUAAGCAUGGAUAAUGCAGAGCAGAAGAGGAAGACCAAGCUGAUUAAGUUCCUCAAAGGCAGACCCACUUUACAGUCCGUCAAAGACAAGGGCUACAUCAAAGAUCUGGUGUUUGGCUCCAGUUUGAGCAGUCUUUGUCAGAGAGAGAAUUCCACCAUCCCUCACUUUGUUUCGUUGUGCAUUGAGCAAGUGGAGAAGAACGGGUUAGGAGUGGAUGGUUUGUACAGAGUCAGUGGAAAUUUGGCCAUUAUACAAAAACUGAGAUUUGCUGUUAAUCAGGAUGAGAAAGUGGAUUUAGGGGACAGUAAAUGGGAGGACAUUCACGUGACCACUGGAGCUCUGAAGAUGUUUUUCCGUGAGCUCCCAGAACCGCUGUUCCCCUACGCUUUCUUCAACAACUUCAUCACUGCUAUCAAAAUGACAGAUUAUAAGCAGAAGGUUCAAAUGGUUAAGGAUCUGAUGAAGCAACUGCCACGGCCAAACCAUGACACCAUACAGGCGCUCUUCAAACACCUGAAGAAAGUGAUCCAGCAUGUCGAUGAGAAUAGGAUGACCACACACAGUGUAGCCAUUGUGUUCGGACCAACGCUCCUACGUCCAGAGGUAGAGACGGCAAAUAUGGCUGUGCACAUGGUCUACCAGAAUCAGAUCGUUGAGCUCGUUCUUAUAGAAUAUGAGACGAUAUUUGGCUGGUAGGUCACACACACAGGAACACUUUGACCAAACCCAGACGGGACAGUUACUGCUGAAGACCGAACAGCCCAUUGACUGCCAGUCUGAACACUGUUUUGAUAUGUUUACAUGAGAGGAACACCCGCAUUAAAAAGCAAAAAAAAAAAAAAAACACUCUGGCUUCAAGAUAAACAGUCAAAUCCUCUCUCAUAUCUUUUUGGACUUAAUAUUUUUUUUUUUUGACUGGAUGUCUUAUUAUUUUACAUACCUAAAUCCAUUGGACUGUCAAUUUUGGAUUCGGUUGGAGCAACGCAAACUUGAAAUAUGAACGUUUUCUGUACAGCUGAAAACCGUGAUGCGUAUGGGAGAAAUCUGAUGCUUCAUUUUAGAUUUCCGUUCACUAUAAGUACUACAUUUUGCAUCACGUCUUUCUGGGGUAAUACUGUAAUAUGGUUUGGAACAACACCUCAACUGAUUGACUGAUAUGAUAGACAUGGAUGUAAUUCUAUACUAAAAACUCAUUUUCACGGGAAUGGAUUGCAUUCUGUUCUGGCCUGCCGCAAGUGAUCCCUGCUGGGAAACACUGGAGUCAGUAAUUUGGAUCAAUAAUUUCCUAAUUAUUGAUCCGACAUCAAAAGAUGUACAAACAAAACUCUCACAGCCUAUUUAAUAUACGAGUACAGUAUGCUGUAGACAAAAAAAAAAACGUGAAGAUCUUGUAUCAGAGAGAGAGAAGAAAUUCUGAGCGGGUAGAACUUGAUUGCUCUUUCUAAAGAUGUCUGAUUGACAUACUGUGUGUGUGUGUGUGUGUAUUUGUGUGAUGAGUUAAAAGCACAUGGAGGAGGUUAAGACACCACAAUUGUAUUAAAGAGACAGGUUUAUUAAAAUAUAUUGAGAAUUAAUUCCGAUAUUGUUAUUUGGAAAAUGGCUGUUGAAUGUAAUUCAUUAAAUGAACUGCUGUAUGUAGCAGAGCUUUGUCUUGAUCAAAAUAAAACUGACAAGGCAAAUCGGUCACUUUAUUGAGUGUUGUUACUCCCCUCCACCAAGGGGCAGCAAACAUCACUAUAACACAGGUUUAGUUUUUUCAUGUGUUGCCUUUAAAGUUCUCACAUAUAAUAUAAAUACUGGUAUACAACAGCUACUCUUAUGCCUUUUAUGAAAAAAUGUUCAGACUUAAUAGUUUUUACUGUAAAUGCAGUUUGCUUAGUUUUUUCAGGGCCUCAUCUAAAUGAUUGGACCUGGAACAUUCCUUUAAUGCUGUCGAUACAGUGUGACGGUUUAUAUUUUUAUAGAUGAUGAUGCACACUGAGCCCAUGAAGAAAAUUUUUUUUUUGUUCACAGAUUUAUUUUUCUAACGCUCUCUUAUUUCACUCUUAAGUGGAAAUUGCUAAAUAUUUUCUCUCCAUUCAUAUGGAUACAUUUUCUUUUUCAAACGAAAAAUAAAUAAAUAAAUAAAUAUUACAUUUGCAAGUCUUUGAAGAACUUGUCCUAAUCUAGUGUUUUGCUGAAUUUUUAAAUCCAAAACCUCAUUAACUGGAUGCCGUCACUUAACAGUGCUGAACAUGUACUCUGUCUGCUAAGGUUUAAGUAUUAAAAGCUUUAGUUUUUUUAAGCUUUAAAUGAAAUGCUAAACAUCUUCCUGGACACCCACUGUUGUGUAGAAAUUAUAAAAUAUUAGUACGCUUUCAGUUUGAUAAUAAAUAAGCAAUUUAGAAAUGACCUGGUGCUUCAUUUCAUUUUAUUUUAUGGGGCAUCAUAAAAGGAAACAAAGGAAGAAAAUCCUACAAAUACGUUCAUCAACUUUGUGGAAAAUGUGACAUUUACACACACAAUGCAGAGUUGGCACAAAUAAAAACAAAAACAAAAAAAUGGCUUGACUAAUUUUGGUUCCAAAAUGCAAUUUCAACACCAGUACAACAACAUGAAUCCAUGCUCUUCAUCACAGGUUUAUGAAUUACCGUGAAGCUGUUGGAAAAGCUUCAGAUUUAAGAAAAACCAAAGCAAUGGGUACACAUGUCUGCCUAACUGACUUUCUGUGGUAGAGUUAAAAAAUAACUUGAAAUUAUAAAACGAAUACUGUGAAGUUCAGCUUUAUAUAUAAGGGUUUAACCUCCUUCGUGGCACUGAGAUUAAUUCUAAAAUACAUUGUGUUAAACUACAGUGUGUAUCACACACGCAAUAAAUAAAGCAAUACAAAAAUAAGACAUAUAUAAAAGGUUCUACAAAUGAAACAUUUGUCAGUGACAAUAAUACUGAUGGUAUUACACAAUAUACACAUGCAUAAACACAAAAAGAAUAAACAUUUCGAAAUACAUUGAAAUUAAUAAUACUGUAAGGUCUGCUCAGACACAA